CAGCAGGGACACGGUAACCUGCAGGAGGACUCACAUGGUCCUGCAGCAGAAGAGCACAGACCACCAGGACUCUCCAAACCUCUUUCACUCAGCUCGCCUUCCUUUCAUUUUUGAGGUACUCCUCCGGUUUUAUUUUCCCUCCGUUUCACAUCUGCUCCCGCAGCCCAGUGUCGGUCGGACUUGCGCCGGUAAAGCAGCCAUGGCUCGGGAGAACGGAGACACCGGCAGAGGAGCGACUUGGAAAAAACAAGUCGACGACAUCAAGAAGAUUUUUGAUUUUAAAGAAGUCCUCGGCACAGGAGCAUUUUCCGAGGUGGUCCUGGCCCAGGAGAAGCUGACCGGUCGGAUGUUUGCGGUGAAGUGCAUCCCUAAGAAGGCCCUGAAGGGGAAGGAGAGCAGCAUCGAGAACGAGAUCGCCGUGCUGAGGAACUCAUUUUGGGCUUCAGCCCUGACCCCAUGCCUCCGCACCCUCCUGCAGAGGCUCGCUUGGCCGCAGGGCAUUUCCACUUCAGACACUCCAGAGGUUCUUGCCCAGAAGCCGUACAGUAAGGCCGUGGACUGCUGGUCUAUCGGAGUGAUCGCUUACAUCCUGCUGUGUGGUUACCCUCCCUUUUACGAUGAAAACGACUCCAAGCUGUUUGAGCAGAUCCUGAAAGCCGACUACGAGUUUGACGCACCGUACUGGGACGACAUAUCAGACUCAGCCAAAGAUUUCAUCGGCAGUCUGAUGGAAAAAGAUCCAGUCAAGCGUUUCACCUGUGAUCAAGCGCUCAGACACCCCUGGAUUGCUGGGGAUACAGCGCUCUGCAAGAACAUCCACGAGUCAGUCAGCCGACAGAUCCGAAAGAACUUUGCCAAGAGCAAAUGGAGGCAAGCGUUUAAUGCCACCGCUGUUGUUCGCCACAUGAGGCGGCUGCAGCUUGGCAGCAGCAUGGGGAGCAGCAUGGACGCCUCCAACCCGCCGACCAGGCCGAACCAGACGCAGAGGCCGGCCCAGAGCCAAAGCCAAAGCCAGGCGGGCCAGAACCAGCCAGCUCAGAGCCAAAACACUGGCCAGGCGGCGCAGAGCCAGAGCGCCAACACAGCCGCCAGCAAAACCUCUUCCACAGACAACAACAUAGCAGCUCCCCGCAAGGAAUGUGUAACUGCACCGGUCACACCCUGCAGUUUGGCGUCUGCAGCGUCUUCUCCCGCCGCAGGGCAAGAGCUGAACCGGCCACAUCCCUCAGCAGUUCCUGCCCCGGUGCUCACGGAGACCAAGUGACGCCAGGUCCCGCGGGGAACCAGCUGGGAGGCCACAGCGCUGUGAGGCAGAGAGAUAAGAGACGGAGGGCGACAGGAGAGGAAAAGGAUCCCCUUCUUCUUCUUCAUCCCUCCCUUUCCUCGCUGCAUUUCUUCUUGAAUGCGCCCCCUCAGCAAGUUCCCCGCCCUGCUCCUGGGAGAGCAGAGGACUUUACCUCCACCCCACCGAUUCAAGCCACACAGCGCCACACUGUACACCCACCACCUACCCACCCAGCAGGACGCCGCGUAGGAUUCUCUCUGCCACAGCAACAGCACGGCCUCUCAUUGAGGAUGUUUGUACAGCCGGCUGUGAUUGGUUGCUGCUUAAUGAUACAUGGGAGUCGACUGCGUGAGCAGUGAUUGGUGGUUCACGGUGGGGCUGGUGGUGUCAUAUUAUUCAAUGUAAGUCAACAUCAACUUCCCUCUUGAAUCUGGUCUUUCCUGCGACACUCUAUUUAGCUUUUUUUUUCAAAUUAGGUUUGACUGUUGACAACUGGAUUGUUUUAUUUGUUAUUAUUACUGUGGAUGUUAAAGGUGGUAUGUGUAAGUUUUAACGUCAUUGUCAGAUUGAUCGUGCUACUUUGGUAUAAUUACUGUAAAUAAACAAGAGCAUGGCCAAGACGCCUGCAGCAAUUUUCCCUCCAUGUGUGACCUGGUGAGCGUAAAAUGCAGAGGAGAGGCUGACAGGUCUUAUUUGUUUGCACUAAUUUUACCAAUGUGGCAUGAAUGAUUCAUGUUAAAUGCUACAUAUAGCACCUUUGACACAUUUGAUAUGUCCUUAUGGGCUUGUUUGUUUGUUUGUGCUUUAAGAAGUGCUUUAAAAGUACCAUACGACUGUUGAGAUGUGGAAACAUGAGUAAGCGCUUUAUGUAUUUUUGCACACAGAAGGUCAGAUAUGUUCUCAGACACAGAUUAGCCGCCAUCCACUUAUGUUUAUCAGAGAGUAGAGAUUGUAAACCUUUAUAGAUAAAAAAAAAAACCCAGAGUGGAUGUCAGAGCAUUGUACAACUUGUUUAUUGUCUGAAAGAUUCUGAUCUGUUUAUUAUUUUCUUACUUUAUAAGACUUUUAUAACAAUCACCCUUUAAGGGACACACACACAGGUUACUAUGAAACAUGCAGCAGGUUUAGGAUAUGAUAGGAAAGGGGAAUUUACCGGAAAACUGCCUCCAGUUGAGAAUGUUAGCAACUACAUGAUAGUUUUGGCAUUUCAUUUUCUAAACUAAGGAGUCACAAGCAGCACAGUGAAGUUUAAAUGUGGCUAAAGAACACAAGACGUGUUACAAACCGUGUCUGAGAUAUUUAGCUGCUUCCCACAUGGGCCCUCAGAGUGUUUGGCCUGUGUGAAGACAAAAUCAAAGAUGGAGACGCUGUCGCCUGCUGCUGUUCCUUCCCCCAUAUAAAGAAGCCAUGAUCCUACAUUUUCGCAUCGUCAAGCUGCACCCAGUUCAGAAGUGCUCAGGGAAAACUGCGGCUGCACUGUGAGCUGGUGAGUACAGACUUCCUAGUUUAGGUUUUUCAGUCAGUGUUGUUGGUCCAGGUGUUGUGGCAUCACAGUUAAUGAUCCAGUGCUUAAGACUUUAGCUGUGUCCUUAUUGCAGUGUUGUGGUGACUCGUGACUUGAAUAUUGAAGACUGGGGCUUAGACUAUUCAACCAAGGACUCCAAGGUGUUUUGGACUCGAUCUUCUCAGCAUACCAAACUUGUUCCACUACUUUGGCUUUUAUGUUUUGUUUAUGCAAUUCCCAACCUUUGAACAGCAUAGCAGAGCUUUUUGCUUGAAUAAAUUGGACAGAACUGCCAAAGAACCAUGGAGGAUCGGUUCAUUCUUGCUGUAUCCAUGAUCCCUUCCUUUAUGACUCAAAAGCAGUCAGUUAUUGUAUCUGAAAUCAGAAGCAUGGUUUGCGUAGCUUGGUUCUCACGAUGGGUGAAAGGUCUUAACAAUAUUCUAGAAGGAUUUUUCAAAGCCAAAAUAUUUUGUUUCAAUAAGGCUUCCAUUGUCUACAACCUGCUUUCAUUUUUACUGAGGGUUAGUCUUUAAACAAAGUUUUUAAAAACCCAAUGCACACCACCCAGUUUGACACCGGGUGGAACAGUACACAACAUCUCAUAGAAAAUGUAUCCGAUGAUACAUAACAUCGAUGACAAUUUGCACAACCGUUUUUAAUGUUUUUAUUUCAGAUGUAAUGACUUAAGUCCACAGCGUGGAGUCCUUGUUUGAGUAUCUAAGUUUAAUAUGACUGACUGACUUAAAUGUGUUCCUGAUUGAACCUUUUCAUGACUCUGACUUGACUACAGCAGCCUGGAUUGUGCCACUGGUUGUAAUGUCCUUUUAGACAGCAGAGAUGUACGACGUUGGGUGCUCACUCACACAUAUCAGAUUGUCACAUCUUUGUUAGAUGCAAUGCUACUGAUCCCUUUAUUGUGAAUUAGCCAAAGACUAGUGCUAGGUUCGUAUACAAUUUGGUUCAUUCUACUCCAUCAAUUAGAACUAGUCAGAUAUGAAGAUGUUUGAGACACAAGUGGACUAAAACUAAGGGCUGAACUUAAUCUGAGAGAAAUUGAUUGAACUUUGAUCCUUUCCUUAUCUGUUGCCAUUUUACUUUUUUUCUUUUUAAUUAUCUACACAGAGUGCUGCUGAAAAAUGUCUGUAAAAUAUUCGUAGUGCUUGUUUUAAUCUGUAUGGCAUGUCAGAAAGGUGUUAGACCACAGCUGGAUGAAAGUCAAGUUACAUUAAAAACGACAGUAAAUCAACACUCACCCAAGCUCACUGGAAUUCACCCUUGGCUCACUGAGUCGUUUUGUGUAUUAAAUUCCACCUAAUUGGCACUGAACUUGACUAAAACAAGCCAAGAAGACACAUUUGUGAGUGCAGUCCAGUCUAAAUCUGUCUCCGUCCUCACUAUGCUCUCUGUUCUUUGGCCGCAGCGCCUUCUUCCUUCAGUAAGCUCUGGAGGAACAAUUCCAGUGUGUUUGGUUUCUUUGCUCUUUAUGUUUCCAGGCCCGAAAAAUGUUAUGCACAUUUGUAGCUCUCAAAAGCCCAGUGGCUGCUACUGAAAACAUGAAUCUUUCAAAAUGACUCACAAGUAUAUAGCUGACAUGAGACAGGACAAUAUGUAAUGCUUUCACUCAGAAGUAUCAGUUUUUGCUUCAUCAUCACGCAGAAAUACAGAACCCACCUACUGUCCCUGAAUGUGCACAUUAGUAUGAAACAUGUAAAUCUAUAACUGUAUAUCUAUAAAUGUAUUUAAUAUUAGCAGUCUGGUUGUCGGAUGACACUGUCUGCAAUAGAUUGCUUAAGGUUUAAUGCCUUAUUUCCACUGCAUGGUUCAGCUCGACUCAACUCACUUUUAGUUCCAGUUCCUUUUCUCUGCUCUGUUUUCCACCAUGGAUUUAACCUCUUCGGAGUCGGCCUGAAACUGCUGUGACAUCAUCUUCAAUGCGAUUCUUCUAUAACCAAACAGUGAAAUGUAUGCACCUUAUCAGUUUAUCCUCAUAAAGUAGCAAGCAUGACAACCUACAAACUAGCGCCCCACGAGUGAUGUUACGUCUUUAACGUAAAGUAACGUCGUUAUUGUGGCUAGGGUCAGGGAAAGAAACAUGGUGAGGACAUACUUUAAAACAAGUCAAAGUUCACACCAAAAUUCAUAGUUUAUGCACAAAUUACUGGCUUAUGAUUACAUGGGAUAUGUACAAAUUUGGGUGCAAUAAUUUUGUAGGAAAACCUACGAAGGGGGAAACCUACGAAAACUGCCCGAAAACAGUCUGAUGUUGUAUAUUUCUCAGUUUUGUAGGCUGCCAUUUUUUAAAAAUCUGGUUCAAGUGAAUAAAAAAUUUACAGUCACUGUUGGCUAUUUAAAAAUGGCGGGUUUAUGCUGGAUAUCCCAUGUGGUGCAAGUGACAAAAACCAGAAAAGAGUAAGUCAGGCUGGGGUUGAGUUGUGAUGUAGCAUGCAGUGGAAAUGUGGCAUAAUUUAUGCUCUUAGCAAAACUUCUCUAUAAUUACUUCUUGUGUUCUAUGAAUGUAAAAACAAGAGAACCAUACAUCCACCUUUUAGGAAUACAUCACCCACAAGAUGACCGGUUUUGGAUUCCUUGUUCACUGUGGAGACAUGCGAGAGUUUUCUUCACAAAUUCAAUAUAACAGGCUAAUAAGCUAAUAUGAAAAUUGUCAUUUUGUGGGUAAAAUUCCUCGAAAAGUUUUUUUGUUAGAAACCUCUCAUUGUCCACCUUACUUCUUCUCCAAACAGACAUUAGAUCUACAAUAUUACUGUUCAAGUACUGAAGCACACAUUUUAAAAUGUGCAAAUGUGGUAACAGCACUGACAUGGUUGAUGCCUUUUAGCUGAAUCAUUUUGGUAGCAUUAGGUUUGUGAGAAAAGGCCAGUUAGCCUGAUUUAUUUUGCCAUUUUAAAAGCGCAGUCAUAGAGUAAGUUAACUUCAGUGUUCCCUCCUGAUUUAUGAUUUUUCCUUCCUUAACACCCACAUGCCGUGUCUCUUACUGCAUGACUACACAGGUCACCUUACAGAACAUAUAUAUUAAUUUUGACAUUUUUACAGUGGGGUCUUGUGUUACAUUUUUCUCAAACUCAAUCCAUGUAAUUAUCCACGUGUUACUGAGGGGAACUUUCAACCAUGUAAGGGCUUUAUUCCAAUGAUCACCUUAAUCUAAUUAUUCACUGUAACCAUGUAUACAUAACCAUUGAUUGCUAUGCAUUUUUUUUAACAUUUUAAAGUGUGUUGUCAAAGCUUUUUUGUGGAAGUAGGAUCUGGAACCAACAUCAGCACCUAUAGUUAAAAAACUAGUUUUAGGGACUAAAGACACUGAAUCCCUGACAGAUCUUAGACUAUUUCAAUUACUUAACUGUUAAUUAUGAUUAUGAUUGAAUGAGCUACAUUGUUUAAGUGUUGUGCCAGAUGUUUUUUCUGGCACAAUAGAUGUUAUCGAAUCGUCAGCCAACACUGUAAGAAUAUAUUUCAUUAAAUGUGAUGCCGUCCACUUCAGUGUGGACGUUUGGGUUUACGAAUGUAUCGUGAGGCAGGUGGAGGGUCAAGGUUCAUGCUGCUCUGUGGUUUUAUGUCCGCUGUUUAAAAAAAAAAAAAAAAAAAAGUUUUCUGAAUGAAUCUUUCCAUGUUAAAGAUGCUACUGUAAAUAGAUUGUGAAUAUGAAUGAUCAUUUUCAAGAUAAUAUUUACAAAUGUUUUGCUGUUCAGGCAUGUGAGAGUGAAUGAGUGAGCGAGUGAGUGUGUCGAGGGAAGUUGAUUGUAUUCUCUAUGGAAUGUUUAAUGUAUUAAAAAAAGAAGCUAAAAUCCCCUUUACUCCCCACUGCUGUCAUAUAUACUGUCCAGUGCCGUGUGACUGCCACCUGCAGAACCACAUGGUGCAGUUUAAUGCCAUCAGUGUUCCACCACCACUUCAGUGUCAGUCCAACAACAAGUGAAGCAUCGUUUACCGAACUCAGGCUUACGUUUUUGCCAUUCUAAUGGAAGAAAUCCAAAGCUGUGACCGACUCAGAAACACACUGUUAAGGACGAUUUGUGGCUACAACCCGCUCUCGUCCAUCCCCUUCCCCUUUGAGCUCACACUCCUUUUUUUUUUUUUAACGAUGACGUCACAAAAGAUGAAAACACAAGCAUGUCGAAAAAAGUGCUUCAAGAAUUCAACUUCACCAUGAGUGUUUGCAUAAUCUUAUAUGCCCUUGUAUGAUGUUAGUAUCUCUGUAUAAUGUAAAGACGCACACAGGUUGAGACGUCCGAGUCCACAAAAAGAUGAGUUUUACUUCUACAAACAGUUUUAACAAGCAGAAAUGAUCUCACCGAUAACUGCAGACUAGCCAAGUGACUUUUUUUUAAAGAAACUGGGUACCCUGUUCAAAUGCAAGUUGCUCUAGUGCUGCUUAUGAGAACCACUUCCAGCUGAUUCACUGCAUACAUGGAUGAAGAUGUGGAAAUAAUCUCUUAAUACUAAUUCAACAGUUUUGAGAUAAUUUAAGAUUUUUUUAUUGUACCAAGUGGCAAGGACUGUUUGUUUUUUUUUCAUUCAUGACUUUGAAAUUUAUUACAUCAUUGCACCGAGCUUAGAUAUGGCCCAACUCUGUGGCUCCAAACUGGUCCACAUUUUUCCUUAGUCAUGAGAUUAAGGUACGCACAUUAUAAAUGACUAAAUAUUCCAUUUUAUUUGCCAAAAUGUAAACAAUACAUUUAUUUAGGACACGUAUAAAUAAACCAUUUGGCAGGGGUAAACAAAUAAACCAAUGUACAAAAGUGAUUUCUCAGAGACAUGGUUGCAAUAGCCUUGUAUGGCUAAGAAAUUUCAGCUAGGCUAGUUAGCUAACUCAGAUAGCUUUGUACGUUAGGAAGCAUAUUUUCUAUACGUACUUACAAACUUUAUAAAUACUUUCAAACUUUCUAUACAUGAUUUAAAAAGUUCUAUUUCUUAUAUACAUAGAGAGAGAGAGAGAGAGAGAGAAUUUUUUAUCCCAAAAACGCAAAGGCUAGUCCUGUUGCAAACUGUGCUUAUAAGGAAGUAAAUUGAUGUUGUUUACUAGUGGUAGAUGUAAUACUUAAUUUUGUGCAAGAACAUAGUUGGUAUGUGGGCUAAGUCUCUGUAAACUGUUGCCAAAUGCUUUAGGAGUCACAAUAUUAGCAUUUCCACUCAAGAGCUGAGAAAGUUGCUAGUUUCAUUAGCUUUAGUAAAGUACCACACAGCUGCCAUGCUGCUGUCCUUAAGAUCUAGCUGGACUAAUGACAGCGGUGAAUGAAGUACCUGAAAGUCAUACUUAAGUACAGAUAUCUUACCACAGAAUGACUUUGGUAGAAGUUAAAGUCACGUAUUAUAAUAUUACUUGAGGUAUUUAGUGUGCUUAAGUAUCAAAAGUAAUUUUAUUAUAUUCAUUAUUUUUAUGUGUUGAAGGUAAAGUACAAAUAAAUACUGGUAAUUAAAAAACAAGCAGCCAAAAAAUGGAGCAUACACACUAGGGGGAAAAAAGGACUUAAAGGUAUUUUACGACAAAAUCACGUUUUUCCAUCCCUCCCACUUCUUCCUUCCCUAUUUUGUAGUAAUUGACUAAGAUACAUAGGACAUAUGUAGUGGAGUAAAAGUACUUUUUUUUAGGAAAUGUAGUGGAGUAAAAGUGAACAUUGACAGAAAUAUCAAAACU